AACGAAACGUAUCGAGAUAGUAAACAAACGAGAUCCGAUAUUUUAAAUGAGCGUAAAACGGAACGCAGCAGUCACCAAAAAAAAUGGCGGUGGCACUUGUUAGUUCGGCUCGUCAGGUAGGGAGGCUGACAAAUGCUGCCAGAAGACUUUAUUCAGAUGUUCAGCCGAAGAUAACCACUCACUACACAAUACACCCUAGGGAGAAAGAUCCAAGAUGGAAAGAAGUAAAUAUGGAGCGUAUUGCAGAGGAGACGGACAUCCUCAUCAUCGGUGGAGGGCCGGCCGGCAUGGCAGCUGCCAUCAGAGCCAGGCAGAUUGCCGCGGAAAAGGGAGCUGAAGUCCGAGUAACACUCCUAGAGAAAGCUGCAGAGACUGGUGGCCACAUCCUGUCCGGUGCGUGUGUGGACCCCAUCGCCCUGAAUGAGCUGAUCCCCGACUGGAAGGAGAAGGGUGCUCCGAUGAACACUGAAGUCACUGCCGACAAGUUCGGGCUGCUGUCUAAGACUGGACGAAUUCCGUUGCCAGUGUUUCCAGGCCUGCCGAACUACAACCACGGUAACUAUGUGGUGCGGCUCGGGCACCUGGUGCGGUGGCUCGGGGAGCAGGCUGAGGAGGCUGGCGCUGAGGUGUGGCCGGGCUGCGCGGGCGCAGAGCUUCUCUACCGGCCGGACGGGUCGCUCCGCGGCGUGGCCACCGGCGACGUGGGCGUGGCCAAGGACGGCUCGCCCAAGGACAUGUUCGAACGAGGCAUGGAGUUUCAUGCCAAGUUGACUAUUUUUACUGAAGGGUGCCACGGGCACUUGACGAAGAUGGCGAGUCAAAAAUACAACCUGCGAGAGAAGAGCGAGCCGCAGUCAUACGGUAUCGGACUGAAGGAGCUGUGGGAAGUCGCACCUGAGAACCACCAGCCCGGCCUAGUCGAGCACACAAUCGGUUGGCCACUAGACAAAAACACCUACGGGGGUUCCUUCAUCUACCACCUCAAGCAAGCCGAGGGGGAGGCCCCAUUGGUCGCUGCCGGCUUCGUCGUAGGGUUGGACUAUAGCAACCCGUAUCUGAGCCCGUUCAAAGAGUUCCAGAGGUUUAAGACGCAUCCGUAUAUCAAUAAGCUGUUUCAAGGCGGCACCCGCAUAGCGUACGGCGCCCGCGCCCUGGUCGAAGGCGGCUGGCAGUGCCUUCCUAAACCCGUGUUCCCGGGCGGCUGCCUCGCCGGCGACUCGGCUGGCUUCCUCAACGUGCCGCGCAUCAAGGGAACUCAUAAUGCUAUGAAGAGCGGUAUGCUAGCCGCAGAAGCGGCCAUGGAUCUGAUAAUAUCUGGCGAGGCGACGCACGAAGCCGGCGUGGUGCCCGCCGCGUAUGAAGACAAGCUCAAGAGCUCAUACGUUUAUAAGGAGCUGAAGCAAGUCCGCAACUGCCGUCCGUCGUUCCACACCGGUCUCGGUCUGUACGGCGGGCUCGCCUACUCCGCCUUCUCCACCGCAAUGCGAGGCAAGGAGCCAUGGACGCUCAGCCACGGAGGAGCGGACCACGCGCGCCUGAAGCCCGCGAAGGAGUGCCAGCCCAUCGAGUACCCCAAGCCGGACGGCGUCGUCACCUUCGACCUGCUCUCCUCUGUAGCUCUUACUGGCACGAACCACGAGGCGGACCAGCCAGCGCACCUGACGCUCAAGGACGACUCGGUGCCCGUCAACACCAACCUCGCCGUGUACGACGGACCCGAGGCACGGUUCUGUCCCGCAGGAGUGUACGAAUAUGUACCCAUGGAGACUGGUGAUGGCCAAAGACUACAAAUUAACGCACAAAACUGUAUCCAUUGUAAGACGUGCGACAUCAAGGACCCAUCACAGAACAUCAACUGGGUGGUCCCAGAGGGCGGCGGCGGCCCCGCAUACAACGGCAUGUAAACGCUAUUCAAAGAACUAUACAUAGUACGAUCGAAGUAUAGCGAACCCACUUGUUUGAGCCUUACAUUUUAACACAGAGAUGUCAAUUGUUUAUUGUGAAUUUUAGAUUGGCCAAUCAAAGUGCUCGAUUCUAAGCGGUCAAAUCAAAAUGGCGAUCUCUUAGUGUGCUGUUACGAUGGCGGAAACAAAGUUAAUUGAUACUUGUUUUUGUACCUUGUAAAAGAAGACUAGGGAAGGAGUAUGUAGUAUGUUACAUGUGUUUAUAACGAAACCGUACAAAAACUGUAACCUAUGUCUUCAUCGCUAUGUACAAAAUGAUGUUGGUAGAUUUAAUUAUUUCGUACCUCGAAGUUUUGAUUUACUUUUGUAUCACUUAACUCUCUCAUAAACUUGUGAUAGCGGUAAUGAGUGAUAAGAUUGGUAAAAAUAAUUUUAAUUUAGUUAAAAAUAUACCUAAUUAGGCUAAAAUGAGUACCUACAUACCUUUGACCUAUAUUUGAAACUAUUACUACUGUAAAAAUAACGAAUCUGUUCUGAUAGUCGAUCAUAGCUGAAACGGUUUUAUUCCGUUUUUGUAAAUAAUUUCAGAGGAAUAUAUACAUACAUACAAUAUAUCUGAAUAUUUUUGAGAUUCCCUUUUUACCUUGAAAGAGAAGUCAUAUUUUUGAGAUUCGAUAUACAAAUAUACAAUAAAUCGGUCUAUUUCUAUUGCAAGCUAUUGCGAUCAUCAGUUGUAAAUUUAUUUAUAAUUGUAUUAACAUAAAUAAAUUAUUUUACCUGUACUAGAAUGCUGAACUGUGUGUAUGUUAUGUUGAGAUCCUAUUUAGUAAUAAGUGUUAAUUUUGUAACUUUUACGAGAUAAAUAUACCUUAAUUUUAAUAA